CCGCGUCAUUUCUGUUUGCUUGUGUGUUUAGUGGUUUAGUCAGACGGACUUAAUACAUUUGGAGCACUUCUAAGGUGCACUCAUAGCAACGAUCUUAAGAUUCACUAAAAUCAGAGAAACAUAAGCAACCUUCAAACGAUCUUCAUUUCAUUGGGUUGAUGUCAAUGGCUUCUCAAAGGAUUCCAGAUGAGCUCUUAAGAAAUGAGGAGUUAAUCAAAGAUCUGGAAAAAAUUGCUAAAGAUUCUUUACUGAUGCAUGGAGUAUUAAUGCGCACAAAAGAAUCACCAAACUCUUCAGAAGUGGUGAGCUAUGCACCAUUCACACUCUUCCCUUCCCCGGUGCCUACAAUACUCUUUAGUCAGGCUCUAAAUGUUGCAACUCAUUUUAAUCGUCUGAUAGACAAAGUCAGUCAGAGUCCAUGUUUCCUUGAGGAGGCUCUUGCAAGCACCAUUAAGGUUGACAGUUUUACAGCAAAACUCUUCAAUAUUUACAGAGAAGUUCAGCAGGAACCUCAGGACAUGGCAAUAGUGCUGGGCUUGAAUCGUUCAGAUUACAUGAUUGACCAUGCUGAUGGAAAAGAGGCCUUAAAACAGAUUGAAAUUAAUACUAUUGCAGCCAGUUUUGGGGGACUUUCCUCACAAACACCAAAUGUUCAUCGGCACAUUCUGAAGGUUGCAGACCUGAUGGAGGAAAGCAAACUGAUCUUAGAUAAUAAUCCAGCAGCAGGACUGGCAAAAGGCUUGGCAAUGGCCUGGGAGCUGUAUGGCUCUGAGAGGGCAGUUGUUAUGUUCCUAGUUGAGGAAGUUCAGAGGAACAUAUAUGACCACCGAUUUGUAGAGAAUGAGCUUUGGGCAAGAAACAUUCGUGUAAUAAGAAGGAAGUUUGAAGACGUGAGUAGAAGUGGAUAUCUGGACCAGAACAAGAGACUGUUUGUAGAUGGACAAGAGAUUGCUGUUGUUUAUUUCCGUAAUGGAUACAUGCCUCAAAAUUACAAAUCAGAACAAAGCUGGGAGGCUCGGCUGAUGAUGGAGCGCUCGUGUGCUGUGAAAUGUCCAGACAUCAGCACCCACCUUGCUGGCACUAAAAAGGUCCAACAGGAAUUGGCUCGGCCAGGUGUCCUUGAGACAUUCUUUCCUGAUGAGCCUGAAACAGUGAUUCAGAUACGUGCCACUUUUGCCGGCCUUUACACAUUAGACAUGGGAGAGGAAGGGGACAGGAACAUGGCUAUGGCUUUGGCCAAACCAGACCAGUACGUGUUGAAACCACAGAGAGAAGGUGGAGGGAACAACAUUUAUGGGGAGGAGAUCUGCCGUGUGCUGGAGAGCUUGAACAGCACAGAGAGAACCAGCUACAUCCUGAUGGACAAAAUCCAGCCCCGGUCAAUAUACAACUAUUUUUGCCGAAAUGGGGAACCAGUGGAGCUCAAAUUGUGCAUCAGUGAAUUAGGUGUUUUUGGAGCCUACGUUAGGAGAGGAAAAGAGGUUCUGAUGAACGAGUGUGUGGGUCACCUGCUCAGGACAAAGAGUGUGGAACAUGCUGAUGGAGGUGUUGCUGCAGGAGUCGCACUGCUUGACAAUCCAUUACUGAUUUAAAUCUGAACAUAUCAGGAGCAGAACUGUAUGCUGAUAUAAUAUAUAGAUAUAUAUUAUCUUAUGUUCAUUCCACUAUUAGCACUUAGCAGGAGAAAAUACACUUAAUUCAUUGAGGCCUGUGCUUAAGUUAUACAUUCCCUGAAUGAAGAUGGUGCUCAUCAAAUUCUGAACUACUGCUUUCCAUAAAUAGAUUACUUUACAACUAUUGUCUAAAAUUAUCCUUUUCUAAAAAAUGCUGUUUACUGAUUUCAGUAGCUCUAUAUCAACUCUCUGCUAUUGGCAGUGUUAGCAACUUAGCCUUGGUUGCCAUUUCAGAGCAUUAGGAUGCUCUCAUUGCAAAUUUUCAAGUUUGGGAAAUCACCGGUUUUUACUUAAAGAAAAAAUAUUUUAAUGUAGAAGACCAGAGAAUGAUAUUUUGUCAAAAUAUUACACUUGAUGUAUCUAGGAUUUAAAUGAAUUAAAUCAAAAAUUUAUGUCAUCCAAUAAAUAUCUGAAAAUCUGCAGCCA